UUUAUUUUUGUUUGACAGAUUUAAGGCAUUUGGAACCAAUACUUUAUUUUCAAAUUGUGUUAAAAAUACUGUAACUCAUGAAAGUCGAAAUGGAAGAUAUUGAUGACAGCACAAUAUGCGAUUCUGUGUCCUCAUUAGUAGAAGGAUGUAGACUACCAGUUCAUAUGACAGGGACUAAUGAUUGGCCUUUGGCGGAGAUUAUCAGUAUAAAGGAUGUACAGGGAUCUAAAUGUUACUAUGUGCAUUAUGUUGAUUUUAAUAAACGAUUAGAUGAAUGGGUAACAGAGGAGUCGCUAGAUACACGAAAAGUACAUUUUCCGAGAAAAGAUGGUGGAAGUAACACAGGUGUUUCAACCCCUAAGAAAAUCCAAAUUGGUAGUGGGGGUGGUGGAGGUGGUGCUGGAGGAACAGGUGGAGGAGGAGGAGGAGGUGGCGGUGGAGGGGGUGGUGGAGGAGGGAGUGGAGGAGGUGGAGGCGGCGGAGGUGUAAUAUCAAGACCUCCAAGCCCUGUAAAUAAUGCUGAAUUAUUGAAUGGCAAUGCAGUAUUAGCAGCUGCUUUACAAAAACGUAUUAACAGGAAACGAAAAGGACCUUCAUUAGAAAAUGAAGACUCGUUGGAUGGACCUGCAGCUAUAGCUGCAGGUCCGAGACAGUCCGGUAGUAUGGUUUCACAUCAUGAUGAUAUUAUUACUCGCAUGAAGAAUAUAGAAUUAAUAGAACUUGGCAAACACAGGAUAAAGCCGUGGUAUUUUGCACCUUAUCCACAGGAAAUGGUGAAUUUAGACUGUAUUUACAUAUGUGAAUUUUGUUUAAAAUAUAGAAAAAGUCGAAAAUGUUUAGAACGACAUCUAGUGAAAUGUAAUUUGAGACAUCCGCCUGGCAACGAAAUUUAUAGAAAAGACAAUAUUUCCUUCUUUGAAAUAGAUGGGAGGAAAAAUAAAGUUUAUGCUCAAAACCUUUGCCUUUUGGCUAAAUUAUUCUUGGAUCAUAAAACUUUGUAUUAUGAUACAGAUCCGUUUCUUUUUUACGUAAUGACAGUAUUUAAUAAUAGAGGAUUUCAUAUAGUAGGGUAUUUCUCGAAAGAAAAGGAGUCCACUGAAGAUUAUAAUGUGGCAUGUAUUUUAACAAUGCCCCCUUAUCAAAGGAAAGGUUAUGGAAAGUUACUAAUCGAAUUUAGUUAUGAAUUAUCGAAAUUUGAAGGAAAGACUGGUUCCCCUGAAAAGCCAUUAUCUGAUUUAGGAUUACUAUCUUAUAGAAGCUAUUGGGCGCAAACUAUAUUAGAAAUAUUACUUUCUAUGAAACCUGUAGGUGAAAACGAAAAGCCCCAGAUUACUAUUAAUGAAAUUUGUGAGCUUACUAGUAUAAAAAAGGAAGAUGUGAUAUCCACUUUACAAAAUUUGAAUUUAAUAAAUUACUACAAGGGACAGUACAUAAUAACACUAAGUAAGGAGAUCAUUCAGAGUCACCACAAAGCGAUGGAAAGUCGGAAGAUCAGGAUAGACCCCAAAUGCUUGCACUGGACACCAAAAGAUUGGGGGAAAAGAGCAAAAUGGUAAAUAUGUGACAAAUAAAUUUUGUUAAAAGUAAA